CUGGCUUUUUUUCAGGUAGCUGGGAAGAUGGCAGACAUUCAGACUGAGCGUGCCUACCAAAAGCAACUGACCAUCUUUCAAAAUAAGAAGAGGGUCCUGCUUGGAGAAACUGGCAAGGAGAAGCUCCCAUUAUACUACAAGAACAUUGGUCUGGGCUUCAAGACACCAAAGGAGGCCAUGGAGGGCACCUACAUUGACAAGAAAUGCCCUUUUACUGGUAAUGUCUCCAUCCGAGGGCGGAUCCGGUCUGGCGUGGUGACCAAGAUGAAGAUGCAGAAGACCGUUGUCAUCCACCGAGACUACCUCCACUACAUCCGAAAGUACAACUGCUUCUAGAAGCACCACAAAAACAUGUCUGUGCACCUUUCCCCCUGCUUCAGGGAUGUCCGAAUCAGCGACAGUGUCACAGUGGGCGAGUGCUGGCCCCUGAGCAAGAUGGUGCACUUCAACAUGCUCAAGGUCAACGAGGAUGAUGGCACCAAGAAGCAUUCCAGCAGUUCUAAGCCUGGACCAUUAUUAGAAGUUAUGGUCUCCAGAAAGAGAAAUGCUUCCCCCAGGCAAUCAGCAAGAGAUCCAUUUAACUUUGAGCUAAGACCGCACUGUGGGCUCCUCCUGCCAAGGGACCAACAGGGAGGAAUAAAAUUCACAAUCUUGGUAGGCGUAAUUGACCUGGAUCAUGAAGAGGAGGUGCUGUCCUAUGAAAGUGCACAUAAAGGGAAUGGACCUAAUAAUCUAAGAGGUCAUGAAAGAGUUUCCAGAGGAGGUGUAAUUGAGCUGACAUUCAUAAGAAUAGUAGAGGUACCCAACCAAAGGAAGGAUGGUGGUGAGGAAAAAGAAUUCUGGGCAGAUGAACAGAAGGGCCCCAUGAUGAGAGAUUCCAAAACGCAGAAUGGCUAUUGUAAAGAGUUGUGCAUAUGA